GAUUGGGACUACCGCAAGCGGCUUAUUCGCAAGGAAAUUAGAGAAUAUAAUCCGGGUAUAAUGUGUUUCCAGGAGGUUGAUUGUUAUGAUGAUUUAGAUUAUCUCCUCAAGAAAGAGGGCUUCAAAGGAGUUUAUCAGGCUCGUACAGGUGAUACAUGUGAUGGUUGUGCUAUAUUUUGGAAGAGAGAACUAUUUGACCUUCUGCACGAGGAGAGCAUAGAAUUCCAGAAGUUUGAUCUACGCAAUAAUGUUUGCCAACUUUGUGUUUUCAAGAUGAACGUGAAAAACUCAAGUAAGGAUAUGGGUGCUUCAAAUUCGGAGAGUAUAUCAUCACGAAGCUUUGUGGUUGGCAAUAUUCAUGUACUCUUCAACCCUAACCGUGGAGACAUUAAGUUGGGGCAGGUAAAUAUUUUCAGCAACUACUAACAUUCAAUUGUUUCAUGGUAAUACCAUUGUCACUAAAGACUUGACGGACUAUAACUUAGCUGUAGUUUUUUUUUUCUUUCAUCUGCCAGCACCAAUUU